CGAAUGACCGUGUUGAAGCAAUAACCAACAAAAGAAAUUCUCUUUUCGGUCGUGGUGGUGAUAGAUGGAUCCUCUUAUAAUAACAUUGACCACUUGGGAAGGGGAUUAAAACCCCUUCAUGGAUGUUGGCAACACUAACAUUCGGGUUUAACUGUUUUGUUGUAUGCUGCUGCACACGUGCAGUUGGCCAUAUAUUUUCCAGGAUACACAGCCAAUAACAGUUAAUGUAAAAAAAAGUUGACAGUGGAACCACCGUUCCGGAGAAUUUGACGGAUACUGGUGACUCCAGCUCCAGAUUUUCAUUCUACUAUGAAGCCCUGCCCUUCCUUCAAAUCCAAGAGGAACUUUGGCAUCAACAAGAUAAUGGGAGAAUGGAACCUUGCAAUGCUACUUAUUGAUGAACCUUACAAACAACCUGAAGACGACUCAAGCUGUAUAAAAGGGAAUUUCAAGAAAAUCAACAGCACUGCAUUCAAACAGAUCUGGUACGAAGAAUCACCACAGUACGGGUAUGGAGCUAUUAUAGAUCUCCCAACUGUAUUAGCACAUACAGGAGACUGGACAGUGACUGACCCAUUAGGAGGUCACAUACAACUUAAAAUAGCACGUGCUUCUCCGUCACAUUUGUGUAUGACGUUUUGUGGAACGCAUCAUGGGAAAUCUACCCACCUGUGGACUGCAGUAGUAACACGCAAGAAACCCAUCAAUAACAUGGACUUCCUCAUACUAUCUGCAGAACUUCUGGCACAAGGCUUCAGUAAUAAUGACAGUAAUAUCAUUAAGUGGGAUAAAUGCUAAGCUUUACUCAUAACUUUCCCGCAUGUGCAUAUAAAUUCUAACCAAAAUAAGCUAUAAUGUUUUGCAAACAGAUGCAACUGUAUUCUCAGAGCUAUACUCAAACCAGUAGCAUGGGUAAGAUAUACCAAUACUUGUUGCCCCAUAUUUUGAUAAACUUAUUUACAUCAAUUUCUGUUGAUACUACCUCAAUGAUACCUACAUUUCGUGUGCUGCAUGAUAACUUUCUAAUGACUUGGCAACCAUAGACUAUUUGACAGGGAUACCAGAAGUUUCUUUUCACAACCAAAAUAAUGUACUAUUAUCCAUUUUCUGUACUGAAGUUAAAACUAUAAUACAGUAUAUGACAAUAAUGAUGCAAUAGUAAGUUUCUUUCCUUUGAAUAUGCCCUGACAAACUGUAUACAUAUAAUCUUACAAUGACUGAGAAGAUUGCUAUUCUAAUUAAAGGUCUAAACAGACUCUUAGAUGUAUAUUCACCAAACAGAAAAAUAUUUUAAUCAAAUAACAAACAUAGUGAUGUAACUAGCAUGGCCAAAGGAUCUGUAACUUGCAAUGCAGUUUUAUGUUUGAUUAAAAAACCUUAACAAUGUUGUA